UGUCAUUUCUCUUUUUGCUACCAUCAGACUCCAUACACCUCACCACAUCUACACACUACUUCUGGACACACCCUUUCUCGCGCGCUCUCUCUUUCUCUCUCUCUGUGUGUGUGUGUAGCGUAAUUAUAGCAACAAACUUGCUCUCCUUUUUUUUUAUCUUCUCUUUUUCUAUACACUUUUAACAGACCUGACCAUGUCUCCUUUGACUGUUCCUCUCUCUCUUUUACUGCACCGUUCAACUAAGCUUGUCCUCUCAAAGCUCCAUUCCAACAACAAGAAACGUCAAUCCUCCUUCCAGUCAUUUACAACGAUAAGCAGCAGCAGUAAUAUCGUUGACUAUAAUUAUAACAACAAAGAUAAUAAGACUAUGAAUAAGACAACAAACAACAACGAGAGUCCUGCGGCAGCACAGCACUUGUUUAAACUGGGCAACCAGUUUUUAUUCGGUCGCAAAGGGCAUAAGAAGCAGCCAAGUCUGGCGAUAACCUAUUACAAAGGCGCCGCCAACCUCGGCCACACUCAAGCACUCGGUGUCCUGGGCUUUUGUCAUGAAUUCGGCCUAGGUGUCGACAAAGAUUUCAAAGAAAGUGAACGCCUCUAUUUAGAAGCGGCCAGACGAUAUCAGGACGGAUUAGCCAUGGCACGAUUGGCCUUUUUACGCAAGUACGGUCGUCCCAAUGUCAAAAUUGAUCGUGCUGAGGCUGAAGUAUGGGCCGAUCGGGUCCGGCAUCUACGACAACCUAUGCGUUGGAUUGUGGAAGCUGCUACGCUGGACAGCAAUGCAGCUGCACAAUAUGCGCUUGGCGUGUGCUAUCAUGACGGCAUUGGCAUGCCCAAGGACGAACAUGCCGCUUUCCGGUGGUACAAAGCCAGCGCAGAUCAAGGAAACGCCCGGGGCCAGGGAAUCCUCGGAUACUGCUACGGCGAAGGCUUUGGUGUAGCCAAGGAUGAAGUUGAAGCCAUGCGCUGGUAUCGCCUCGCAGCAGGACAGGGCGAAACCGUCGCCAUUUACAACGUUGGAUACUGCUAUGAAGACGGCAUUGGUGUGGAAAAGGACGUGAAAGAAGCGGUCAAAUGGUACCGUAUUUCCGCAGAUCAAGGCAACGCCUUUGCUCAAAACUCGCUCGGAUACUGUUAUGAAGACGGUAUAGGAUUGCAGCAAGACCUUGAACAGGCUGCAAUGUGGUAUAAACGCUCUGCAGAGCAAGGCUACCCCUGGGCUCAGUGUAAUCUCGGAUACUGCUUCCAAAACGGCAUUGGUAUUACCAAAGAUGACGCACAGGGCGUUUAUUGGUAUCGCAAAGCCGCCGUCCAAGGCCAUGCACGAGCACAACACAAUCUUGGAUUCUGCUUCCAGAAUGGUAUUGGUGUUCAACGCAAUGAACAAGAGGCUGUAAAGUGGUACCGCCGCUCUGCAGAACGAGGCAAUAUUUUCGCCUAUCACUCGCUUGGAUACUGCUUCCAAAACGGCAUUGGCGUAGCUGUCAACGAACAAGAAGCCGUCUUUUGGUACUACCUCAGUGCCGAAGAGAACCAUGCACCAGCCCAAUUAUCAUUGGGAUACUGCUAUCGAAAUGGUAUUGGCUUACCUAAGAACGAACGGGAAGCUGUCAAAUGGUUCAGACGAUCAGCAGAGCAAGGCAAUGCGCUUGCACAAAACUCGCUGGGCUUCUGUUACGAAGAAGGACUGGGUGUCAAAAAAGAUCCAGCACGCGCCGUAUACUGGUACCACAAAUCAGCGCGUCAGAACAACCCAUGGGCCCAAUGCAACCUCGGUUUCUGCUAUGCUAAUGGUAUCGGGUUGGAGAAAGAUAAUGUCAAGGCAGUUCAUUGGUAUCAACAAGCUGCAGCACAGAAUCACGCACGGGCAAUGGAUAAACUGGCUAUGCAUAUGCAAAACGGCGCUGGUACUGAAAAGGAUCUAGAUGGUGCUUUCGAUUUAUUCAAGCGAGCAGCUGAGCAAAAGCACGUAUCGGCUGCAUACCAUUUAGGCAAUUGCUUUGAGCGAGGUCUCGGCUGUGCUGUUGACUUGCAAGAGGCAAGCGUUUGGUUUGAACGAGCAGCUUUAGCUGGUUGCCGAAACUCUCAUGAACGGUUACGACGAUUGCUAUUCCAAGUCUGCUUGUCACCAGGAUCAUCAACGCUGAAUAUGACUGAUGAUGUGCUUUUGUGCUCAGGUUUCAUUAAUGGACAUAGUGCGCCGGCCGCUUAAACAAAAACACACUGCUAAACACAUCCUACACAACAUGCACACACUUAUCCUCCUUUAUACCUAUACGUACACUAUAUUACUUCUUAUAAUGUCAAUCUAAUUCGAAACCACACUCUGCAGUGCUUUCUAAUGAAACGCUUAUCUCGAGUAACAAAGUAGCAAUAAAGUUUUAAUCGCACGUUCUUUUACU